AUGAGCUCCUCUUUCCCGCUGAAGGGAUUGGCGGGGUACACGUCGAGAACAGUGCCCUUCAAAGUCAUCUCGGAUGGUACAACCAUCAACGCCGACGUCGUGUACCCCGAGACGUCGGAUGGCUCUCCCGCUGUCGUGCUGCUGCAUUAUCACGGCGGUUUCCUCAUCGUCGGGGAUCGAUAUUCGUUCUUGCCAUACUGGCUUGUGCAUGCAUGUGCCUCUCGUGGAUGGGUCUUCGUAACUCCUGAUUAUCGCUUGAUGCCCGAAUCAACCGCACACGAUGCCGUUCAAGACGCUGCGGAUGCCUAUAAAUGGGUCUGGUCGUCACUUCCUGAAAUCUUGGGCCGCCCUGUCGGCUCACUCUCACUCGCUGGGUCAAGCGCGGGAGGGUAUUUGGCUCUUAGUACAGCCGUCUCAGCCAUUAAGAAGCCUAAUGCACUGCUGCUGAUUUACGGAAUGCUCGAUCCGUCUGGGACUCGAUACACGACCGCUGGGAAGAACAUCUUUGACCGGCCACUAAUCGAGACUGGGCCUAUCUUGGAAGCAUGGCCCAUGAGAAAGACUUCGGGCGAAGACAGGAAGCCGGUCUCAGCUUAUCCGAUUGCAGACCCUGCUACUGAUCCCAAAUUUGCCCUUGCAUCCGCACUGCACAUUGACGCCAUAUUCCCCGACUACAUGGCUGGGGUCCCUGGCCUUGCUCGCCAAAUUGCUGCCGAAGGAAUUACGGCAGUACCUGAACAGCAUCGGCAGCUAUUCCCGCUUGACUUUGGUAACUUGAGGGGCCUCCCGCCUAUCAUGCUACUCCAUGGUGCGAACGACUCAGCUGUACCGCUUGAGUGUAGCACAAAGGCCGCAGACAAGCUCGAGGAAUCUGGAGUGGGCGUUUUUACAGAGUUCCCAGCUAACGCACAGCACGGUUUCGACGCAAGGGCGGGUGACGUCAACAUCGAAACUUCAGCUGGGGAUGCGGUGAUUGCUGUAGAGUCUCUUAGGAAGGCGAUUGGCUUCCUCGAACAAUAUGCAGUCAACUAG